AUUUAACAUUGGAAGCGGUAGGGUUAAAGUAAAACACUACUGAAUGUGGAUUACUUAGGAGGUAAGUUAUCAGUCAGGUCUAUCAUGUCAUAGGUCACAAUUCGUCUCGAAAUAAGUAAACCAGCUACCGUCACAGAAAAAGUUCGUUUUUUACGGUUGGGAUCUAACUGCAAGUGUUCUGUACAAAAUGUUAACAGUGCAAUGAAGUAGAAUUCAGUUAUGUAUCCCUUAGGGGAUACAUAUGUAUAUAAACCUCUUUUUUAUUACCUUCUAUAAAGAAGUUUAUUUGGAGUUAAGUAGUGUAAGAUAAAUUUGUGAUUCAGCACCAAAUAUCUCGUUAUAUUCGUGUGUGCACACACAACAUGUUGGUUAUAAUCAAGCAUUAAUGCUUGAUCGUAAUGAUCCAUGAAGAAAUUAUCCAUGGGUUGUUUAUCAACAAGGAAGGACCUGUGUAAUAUCCUACCUGAGCUCCCAAUUUCGAGGAAAUCUUCAACGUCAAAUGACCUUCACCAAAGUUGGACAAAAACCCAACAUUUAGGGGAAUUUUGGGGUUUUGGUGCCAUUUCUUCAAAGUCUCCUAAAAAUGGGUCAAAUUUUCCCAAAAAUUAGGAGAUUAGGUACGUACUCACAUUACGUAUCUGUUACACGUGGAGUGCCCCUCUUCAACCAAUGUAUUUGUAAUCUUGUUAGCAGACUAUCUAUAGAGAAUGUUGGAAGACUGUAAUUAUCCACGAAUUACCUGCUGAUAGAAGAAGUGACAACAUAAGACAAGAAAGCGUGGAUUAAUGCUCGUUAGUUUUCUCUUGACUUUUACGCCUUAUCACAUCUUCGUUUACUCAGUUUCUUACUCAUUUUUAACUAAGUUUUAGUGCAUUUCAAAAUGUGAUUCCUCUCUUUUCCAUAUUCUUACUAUUCAAUUAUUUUGAGUUCGUACGACAAGCCAAACCGUCGUUUGGUGACGUAAUGACUAAUUGUUAUAGCAACCUUAUUAUCUGAUAGUUUGUCUGGAAACAUGCUAUUUCACUAGGUAAAAUACUAUUCUGGCUACUGGUCACUGACUCUGACUUCAAAUUGUUCCCGGGCUUACGCAACAGUUUAGUUUCAUCAGCAGCUAUUACGGAGCCACACCUUAUUAUGUGUAUUAAUUAUCGGCCAGCAUUCUCUUUUUUCAUUUUAGAAAAAAAUCAUUUAAAAUCCUCUGCUACAUGACAUUAAGAAACGAGUGCACAAUAUUUUAGAGAUUAUUUAUAGUCUAUCCAAUUUAUUUAUUUAUUUAUAAUUGUUCAAUCAUAUCCUCAACUAAUGUUCAGCGUAGUUGAAUAUGUUAUUUGUUAUUUCACAUGAUACUCUGACUUUGAAACAGACUAAAAACUCAGCAAAGUGAUUGUGUCUAGUGUGACGUGUUGGAAUGAAAUAUAAUUGUUCUACAUUAUCAUUCAUUUUCGAGUGAAGUUUGGGACAAUUAACACAGACUGUCUUGUUACUUUAGGUUUGUCCCAUCGUCUAGUUUGUUUGUUCUCUAGUUGUUUUAUACUUGUAUUUUGUUAUAUAGGUUGUACUAAGAUAUAUAUGAUCAAGUAGAACUAUAACCGAAAAUCUAUACCUGGUUGGAAUCUGUGUAAUAGUUGUGAACAGUAGUAGAUCGGAGAUGAAAUGGCCUAUAAUUCGUAACAGUAGUGCAGACGCAUUUAUUCUUUAGCGCCUUUUAAAUAUUUGACUUCAAGAAUAUCCUAUUUUUAUUCGUCUCUUAUUUUUGAGUCAGUUUUUAAACCUUAACAAACUUGGUCAUCCAGUACUUAGGAACUUAGGGAAGACAAAAAGUGAAUGCGUCUGCGCCAUUGCCAAUGAUUUUCACCCAUGUCACCCAAAGUCUUUAGUCAUUGGUUACAAUAAUCACAUGGAUCCCAACUAAGUAACCUUAACUUAGUCCAGUAGUUAAUGAUUUCAUGGUCUAAAGCUACAUCUUGGUUUUUCAACUCCUGGCUUCCUCUCAACCUAUUUUUACACCAAUCAACAUUGCCUGCUGAUGUAUUCAGCAGUUAGGCAUACGUAAUACAUAUCCCAACCACUUCAGUCAACAGAGACUCACCACCUCGUCAACCGGCUUGCUAUCUUAUUCUGGUACCGUUCACCUAACUUCAACACUGCUAAUUAGGUGGUCUCAAAAUACACAAGUGGUGCUUCGAAGACGCCUGUGAUCGAGUACUAGUAGCCAACGAAUAUCCUCUAUUCUUAAAAGCUGUUUUACAUGCAUAAGAUAAAAUAGAGUACAGUUAAACAGUGAACUUGUCCUUUGGUUUUCAGUUGACUGUGUUGACUAUAUUAGCAUAGGUUAGCAAACACCAGCUGAACAUUUUGAAUCCAUGCCGAGAUUUGGGCAGGCAUCAGGAUUGACGAGACUCCCAAUAUAAGUGAAGCAGUCGAAGCACUCAAUCAGCUCACUCUGUCACUAAUCUUGGACAUGAUGCAGACUGGUUCUAAGACAAUAUUUUGCAUUUGGAGGGAGAGAAUCCCAUCCGAAACACUUGCACUGUUGCUGAAGGUGGCCAGGAGACUGCCAAACAUUGUUUUUGGGUUUAAUUUACAUGGCGUGGGCAUAUUUCCGAAAUGAGAGAAUGAAGGCUCUUAUCGACUUGUGUCCAACCUAUUUGACCUACAGACAUGGAUACAACGCAAACCAACGUAAAGAAGGAAUACAAAUAGCAAAUAAAACGAAGGCUGUUAUCAAACAGUAAAAAGUGUCAGGUGGUUGAGGGUGGUCAACAGGAAACCCUGGACCUUGGUCUCGCGCUAUUCAAGAUUAGUCAGCAAGAUGUUCAUGUAAUCUCAAGGAAACUUGUAUUUUCUGCAAAAUUUUAACCUCCACCCAGCUUCAUAGUUUGAGGCGUUACCGUUAAGCUAUUCGGGCUACGACUGACACCCUAUAAAACUAAGAUAUUUACAACUGGUUGAUCACUGGAUAGUGACUAACAUUAUGUAUAUCUAGUCCCUAUUAGUGCUGAUAGAAUCCCACUGGUCAAGUUUCAAUAUGGCUAUUAAUCCAGGUGACUCAUAAUCGCGUGCAGAUUGUUGAGAGGUUAAUAAUUGAAGGUAUUCGACGGGAAACCCUAGACCUGAGUUUCGUGCUGCUUCGGUUUUACUAACAAGGUGUACAUGUAAUCGUGAGAAUAAUGUUGCUAACUGUGCAGUGAUCAGUCAGUUGUAUUUAAAAAGUGAAAUACGGUACAAAAAACAAACGAACAGAUUUUACAGUUCAACAGUAAUGGCACAAAAUAUAGUCAAACAAGUUACAAUAUAAUUAAAUCCCGGUAUUCCUUCACACACACCUUCCUACUUCGUUCUUCCAAACAAUAUUCGGUUUUUCAUUAUCAUUCCUACUACUUUAUUUCGAUUUUCGCUCUUAUCUCGUUUUAUUUUCAUCUGGUCAUGCUAAUACAGUGUGGUAACUUGGACUGGGGAACAUUUGUUCCCGACUUUAUUCUGAUUAUAGUUAUUGACUGGUAGUACUACACAAACCCGCAUCCCUCCCAGAUGAUUGUGUUAAUUUUUAACUACUAGCAUUGCAGGAGGUCCACUUAUCGAUUUAGAAUACGCAGAUGAUAUAGUCCCGUUUGGCGAAGACGCUGAUAAAAUGCAGUCUUUUGGUAGCACUGAGCAACAAUACCAGAAUGUUUGGGAUGCGCUUCUCCCCCUCUAAAUGCAAGUUAUUGCUUCAGGACUGGAUUGCAUCAACACCUGAAUUGAGGAUAGGGAGUGAAGUAGUCGUACGCGUUGACAACUUCAUUUAUCUUGGAAGUCUGAUCAGCCCUAAUGGGUUAGUGUUUGGUGAAAUUUAUGCACGGAUUCGGAAAGCUCGUUUGACUUUUGCCAACUCACGUCAUCUAUAGCGGGGGGCGAGAUAUCCAUCUUUCAAUUCGGGGACGGGUAUAGUGUGCGGCAGUUCGUUCUGUUUUGCUUCACGGCUGCGAAAUGUGGCUAUUAAGAAUAUAAGAUACUCGUAGGCUACUAGUAUUUGACUACAGAUGUCUUAGAAAUAUUGCUGACAUCUGCUGGGAUCACCGGGUAAGUAAUAGUGAGGUUAGACGCAUGGUAUUAGGGAAUGAUGGUAGAUCAGUUGAUAAGUUUGUGAAUUUUCAUCGACUGAGAUGGUUGGGCCACGUGUUGCGUAUGCGUGAACACCAAUUACCAAGACGGGUAAUUUUGACUGGUUUUAUGGAUGGUUGGAAGAUAGUUAAGAGCGGCCAGACCAAUAAGUGGCAUCAGUGCUUGGUCACUGACUUCUAAUCUGAGCCAUGUUGGUAGUUGUAGAAUACUUAGUUAGGGUCCGCGCGACUAUUUGUAACCAAUAGUUGGAGAAUGUGACGUGGCUGAGAAUUGAUCACCGGCGACCAUACCACGUUGAAAGCACCGGUUCUCGUCCGAUCACCGCAGUUAAGCAACGUUGGGCCCGGUCAGUACUUGCAUGGGUGACCGGCUGGGAAUACCGGGUGUCGCCGGCUUUAAAGCCCCCAAAUGCCCUGGUACGGCCGAGAGUGGGGAGAGUCCGCUCUCCCUCUCGAAAUACUCUCACACGGCCACGCGUAUAUAGCCUCUGUCAGGGAAGUCCUACUCACUGCCUUCUCGUGGCGGGGGUGUUGUUUACGAAAAUGAGAGGACGAAAAGCGAAUGUCCGGCGCUUUAACCGGAUUCCAAACCAAUGGUGCACAUGGGCUCCAGUAUCCUGCGGGAACAAAUGGCGAAUGAACCAAUUGUUGGUCACCGGCUUCCAUGGGACUGCAUCUCCUUACGAUGCUCCACUGCCUUGUGGAUCAGACCCUCAGGUCGAAGGCUCGGGGUGUGGCCCCCUAAGAAAACCACCUGCUUCGGUUUGGACACCCGGGCAGUAUCACAGCCCUCACACAUAUCGGAUGAGAUUUGUGUGGCGCAUAUGUAUUUGGUGCCUCUUUGUACCAUUAUCUAUGUGUUGAAAUAAAAAUAAUAAAUAAUGAGUUGUGUGUUGAUCUUGCUGUGCUAAUUAGGUAUGGCAACUUGAACCGAUGCACAUAUGUGCCUGAUCCUACGUUGUAGCUGAAUGAGUUUAUAAGUUGAAUACCAGGCGUACCAACUAGUCCAUAUUCACCAAAAUGUCCAACUGUUACGUGAGAUUGCACUGUUUACAAUAUUUUUCUGGUAUUUGGUUUUAAAGAGUUUUAGAAAAUCCGAUAUGCUUAAAAUGUUUCACUAAACGUUAAUAUUAUUUAGAUAAUUAUCAGCUGUGCACCAGUGCAUUUUAUUACUAAGAAAUAUAGAAAGACAUGUUAAAGAGAUUAACAAGGUACGGAUAAAUCUUUCAGUAGUAUGAUAAUCGCAAUAAUUAGCUUGUUUGUACAAAGUCUAUUUAUUCAACCAAGAACUAUCAAUCAUUUUGCUGGGCUGCAUACAUCAUCAAUUACCAUGGCAGAACCUUUAAAAAAGAAGAAAAGAGUCGGCCUAGCUGAUAGCCAAAUUCAAGUAACUAGAAAAGUUAGAAGAAUUGAAAAAGAAAUCAGACGCCUUAAUCGUCUCGAUCGAAUAUUAAGACCAAUUGAAGAAAUUGAAGGAGAUCGUCAAUUAAAGAAAGAAAUAAAAUUACGUCAACGUCCAUCAAUAGAUAUUAGUGAAACGGAAUUAGAUGAACGAAUAGGUAUUUGGAAGAAUUGGACACGUUAUCAAAGAAAUGUAGCACACAAUGAAGUGAUUAUGUAUAAUUCAGCAAUUGCUGCUCAACAAAAUGCUUUAAAAUGGUUAUAUAAAACAUCUCUCAAUUUAUAUGAAGCGGCUAUUCAACCUUGUCCUGAAUUAAUUCAAUCAUCAGAAUUAUCAAAUAAUGAUAAUUUAAGAAUAGUAACAAAAGAAAAUGAAAUGAAUUAUUUAACAUUAAUAGGUCCAUAUAUGACUGCACCAAAAUUACACGGGGAAUUUAUUGACUCAACUGAAGAAUAUGAACCACCAGAUGGUGAACAAAUUGAUACAACCGUUCAAUUAACUUAUGAAUUUGAAAUUGAACCACAAUUAUUAGCUCAACCAAAAAAGAAAAAGUUUAUGUUUACAAAAAAAUGA